AUGUCACCAGAAGGCACUAACGAGCCAUUUGAUAUUGUUGCCACAUACAAUGACCUCCUCCUUUCCGAUCCCGACCUCACAAUGCCGAUCGCGGCUAUCGAAGCAUUAGUCCUUCUCCUAACUCACAACCCUUCUUCCACAAUAUCUGAAACUCUGGAUCUACUAGAAAAACACACCACACACUUAAAACGUACGAUACCGAAUCCAAUCGCCCUUUCAGCGGGCACCGAUCUUUUCCAACGGUACCUCAUAACAACAUUGCAAAGACCGGGCCAGCUCGGCCCCGGAGGGGAUUUCAAUGCGAUCAGAUCGCAUCUCCUAACCAACGGCCGGUUAUUCAUAAAGCGCGCAAAGGAAAGCAGGGAUAGAAUUGCUGCAUUCGGAAGAGGAUUUAUACGAGAUGGAAGCACUGUGUUGACAAACGGUGGUUCAAGGGUGGUUAGUGCCUUGUUGCGGAAGGCUGCAGACGAGCUGAAGGAAUCAGGAACUCCCUCGGCUAGAUUCAAGGUCAUUCAUGUUUUGUCGGAUAAUUGUGACGGCAGUUCUUCCGGGCCGAAUCCAGAAGGUAUGGAUACGGUCAAUGCACUUAGAUCGAAGGGUAUUCCAGUAGCUACAAUCCCAGAGUCGGCAGUGGCAUACGCACUGGGGAUGGUAGAUAUGGUUAUUGUCGGCGCGGAAGGCGUGGUUGAGAACGGCGGUAUCAUAUCGCGUCUGGGAACGUAUCAAAUUGGCCUUCUAGCGAAGGCUGGAAGCAAGCCAUUCUAUGUCGUUGCAGAGAGUCACAAGUUCGUCAGACUCUACCCACUUGGGCAAUACGACCUGCCGAUCAAACAGAAUGUGGUCGAUUUCAAAACAGAUUCCAGCGAGAGUGGCGUGCUAACACCCAGCGCUGUCAGUCUUGACAUCAUAUGCAUCAAUACAUUCGGUAUUGAUACUAUACACCAGGAAUAA